GUUCCUGUGGAUGAAUGAAACAUAGGGAGGAGAAGAGAAUUGCUGGUUCCUGGGGGCCUGUGUCUGCCAGCGGCUGCUAAGUACUCUGAGAAACUCCGCUUUGAGCUAAUAGGAACCCUCUGUUCUGGGAACAUCAGUACAUGGAAGAAAAACCUCUGGGUGGACCCCUGGGCAAGAUGAAUUCGACCAACCAUACGUUCCAGGACUCCAGCGAGAACAUCACCACCUCAACCUCAGGCCCCGCACUAUCCAGCAGCCUACACACAGCGGCCACAGCUGUUUCUGGCUCCAUCGGUGUCGUGGCCUUCAUCUUGCUCCUGGUGGGACUCUUAUCCGUGACUCUGAAAAAAUGGAGGCAUGAGAGGCUAUUUAAGAAACAACUGAAGCAUCAGACCAACUUUCUCCACAAACCUUUGGAGCUUUCCUGCCAUGCUGAUGCCAUAUAUUCCAACGUGAUCAACCUGGCCCCCAGGAAAGAGGACGACUUCGCUGUCUAUGCCAACGUGCCGCCUUUCAACCGCCCCAGGAGGACAUCACCAGACCACGUAGAAUACGCCUCCAUUGUAUUUCACUGAUGAGAAGCUAGUGAGAUGCUUCAGAGUGGAGAGUCAGACCUGUGCCUAUCUGUAUCCUGAUGCGGCUUUUGCUCUGGAUAUGUGUGUAUGUGUGUGCAUGCGUGCAUGUGUGUGUAUCUUUGCACACAUGUGUGUGUGUGUGCAUGCAUUCCAUGCUUAAAAUGCAUAAUAUGUAUUCUGAUGGAGGUAAAUGACUGGGUAUUUCUUCUAAUUUAUUGUAAGCAAGGUGCAGUUCUAAUGGAAAGGGGUGACAUCUGAGUGACAAGGGUCACAGUUGUUUCAGCCACUCUGAGUCAGAAGCAGGUUCCUAAGAGAGACUGGCUGAGAGAGGAGUCCUUUCUCUCUCCUGCCCCUCAUCAGGCAAGGUCUGAGAAGCAGGGCUGACUCCACUCAGGGACCAGCUCCUGGAUUUUGUCUCUGCUGUUCUGCCCUGUAAGGAGCUGACAGCCUGUAGAGGUUAAUGCAUGCGUCACAUUCAGGUCUAUGGCUGAUUGCC